AUGGUUUUUUCCUGUUUCGAGGAAGAUCAGUUCAAGGCCUUUGUGAUUAUCUGUCUUACUACAAAUCUCUUCAUGCUUUUCCAAGAGUAUUGGAUAUUGUGGAAGCCCUUACUUCAAAGGUGGUGCACUGAUCCUGCUGUGCUUUGCUUCUUGGAGGGAAAAAGUAUUGCAACAAGAUAUCCAAGGGAAAGAAAUAAAUUGAUAGCGCUUCCAGAAGACUAUAGCUCUUUGAACCAAGGAUCUCAAUUUAGGUGCCCUCGAUCCUCUGAUGAUGAAACCAAACAUCCUGUCCUAUGUUUGUUUUGUGGGGCUAUGUUGUGUUCUCAAAACAGCUGCUGCCAGGUGCUAGUAAAUGGAGAAGAGUUGGGGGCUUGCAAUUCACAUGCAAUUUCUUGUGGUGCUGGAGUUUGCAUUUUCUCAAAAUCAGAGACUGCAGGGUUCUGCUGAUUGGUGGCAAAAAUAGAGGUUCAUUCUGUCCUGCGCCUUAUCUGGAUGAAUAUGGAGAAACCGAUCCAAAUCUGAUAAGAGGCAAUCUCUGCGCCUGUCUCAUGAACGAUACCGGAAGCUUCACUUGUUGUGGCGACAACAUUGAUCAUAGAAGAGAUUGCUCGAAGCAGGAAAACUAAUCAUGUCUUUUGGAUUUAAUUGGCACCUGCUCUGAGGCAAGCUCUUUGAGACUAAAUUGUCAACACCUCACUUCUAAAACAUCACACAAAGAAUAUGAAGAAUUUUAGUUUAAGGAAAAACGACUAACCCACAUCUGCUUACGGAAACCUGUGGGCUUGAAUUUGGUCAGAAAAACAAUGCAUGCAUAUAACUUCCCAAAUAUGAAUGCUGAAUGAUCGAAAGCAGAACUGCCUGGAUCAUCAGUAAGCUGACCUUUUCCACUUGUUUUCCAAAUUAAAAACAGUCAACAGUAUUUUCAUUCUUUUGCAGCAGCUUCUAAACACAUACAUAGUUUCAGUGCAUUGGAUAGAAGAACAAAGGGAUUUAAUCUCCUCUUAUCACAUUAGUUGCUUUUGUUUCCUCUUUUAGUAUAGCAGGUCUCAAAAUAAAUCUAAUCUGUAACUGACUUUGCCCGUGACUUAUCUUUGGGUGCAGCAUUAUAACAACCUGAAGGGAAGCACUACACAAAGUAUAACAGCAAGGUAUGCUGUAAAGGAAGUUAAUAUUUAUUGGGAAUCCUUUCAGAAUGAGAAUGCAGGUUAAUUUGUUAAUUCGAGAGGUUCCAGUUAGCUUUAACAUAUAUCAAAAAUUAAAUGCUUGCUUUUGGCCUAUCCCAAAAUGGGAAGGAACGCACUGCAGAAAAACAGAAUGGGAAAAAAAUCCAUUUCUUAUUGCAAGUAGUCUUUAUUUGCAUUGGCCACAAAUUUCAGACUAAAUUAGUUUUUAAGAGGAUUAAAAUCUAUAUCUACAUUAUAAUUGAACACAAAUAACAAUACAUUAUUCAGAAGGUACGAUCAUAGUCUCAUAUCUACCACACAUAGUCUAAUAACAUUUUAUACUGUAUACAACAAACAUAACAAUAUUUCAAAUAAUUAUAUUUGUAAAUAGUAAGGUUAUAAAAUAAUUCAUAAAACAAAAUCCAUGCUAAAAGGAAUCCUUAAUAUAUGUACCAAAUGUUAUAUUGUAAUGUAAAUUUAAACAUUACCUACUUUCUUCUUUUAAAAAAAUACAAUAAAAAAUAAAUAAAGA